GGCAAAACAAAGAACAGUUCCACUGUUUCCUAUGUAACUACAACUACGAGGCUCUGUUGGUGAGUACUUGCUUAACUGGGGAUAACACAUUAGGGAUUGCGGGGAGCUAGAACCUUACAGUAGAUACUUGUGUUGAUCUCUACGGGAAGACUUCGAAAGUCACUUUAUUUUUGAGUGCCUACUUUGACAAUUUUAUUUAGGAUGGUCUUAUUUCAAAUCUGUGACUAGCGGGCGUCAAUCGCAGCUCGUCGGCGUAUCCCCACCGCACUUGGUGUCCAGGUCUGUUUUGUAGAGAUUUCGGCCUGGGUGGUGCACGUGUGGGGGGAGGGGGGACCCACAGUGCGAUGACGAGGGCUGACCAGCCUGGGUGCAGGUAGCGGUCAACGUGACAACAGUGAGGCAAGGGUCGACUUUGGCAAUUCUUGAUGGGGAAAGCAUAGCCUGAGAACCAAGCCCAUCGUACACUAAAGCGGAGUAUGGGUAUCGCGAAUAAGUUGGAGUAAUGACUUUUGUAGUCUGUUGCCAAUUGAGGAAUGUCCAAGCCGUGAUAGGGAAAGCCAAACUUGAUCCGUGUUAAUAAGUGGGUAGAGACAUUGAAUAGGCAUCCGGGGGUAAUAGAUCUGGUUUGGGAGAGUGUAGUCUCUAUUAACGUAGCAAAGCAAUAACCAUGAGAUUCUAUUGGUGGUUAGUUUCUUGUAUGAUGACGUCUGGAUAUAAGCUAGAGGUUUGGGGACACUAAAUGAGAGAGCCCAGUGGAGGGAGAACACUCGAGAGCGAAGCCGGACAGGAGUGUAGUCGAGGACAGACGUGAGAAGACAGCAACGAGAUCGAGAGACAAACACGACAGUCAGAGUAGAGUCCAGGUCUUGAAUGUGAACAGUAGAGCAGAUCAUUAAAGUGAACUCUAACCAUCAACGUGUCGUUACCUAUUGUGCAGUACGAGAAUCAACAGUGAACGAGGUUAACGUCCACAUAAAGUAGUUGGAGACAACGAGAGACGGUCACAAGAUUCUUUGCAGUAUCUAAGGGAAUCACUUUUAAACGUUGGCUUUCAUUACGUUUUAUAGAACUCGUCCAAACCAAUUUGGUGGAAUUUCUCCUUUUACUGUGCAUCACAACAUAUUUCAAAAUGUUCAUUUUGUAAUCUCCCUGGUAAUAAAUUCACGUCUACAGCGAAUGGGGCUGCAAUUGCACAAAAAAAGGAGAUGAUGUUGUUUUUUUUAAAUCCUGAUAUUGGUUUUCAAAUGCCAGGUUUAAGUCAGACAUGAAAUAAGCGUGUCGUUACACCGCCUCCUGUGUCACGUCUGGUUACAAUGUAGGAAAGUGAGUACAGUUUUUUGUCCUCAACCGUUGUUCUCAAAGAUCAAGUUCCAUUUAAAAUGCAGAAAUAUGAUCAUACAUCUUAUCAAUUAAUUGAUCUUUCCCUUGUAGACGAGCAUUGGGGGUCAGUUAGGUGGCUAGUAACAGCGACCAGAAAUUCGAAGUCGCGAACCGAGACUUUUGCUUCCAACUCUGGGAUACUUGCUUGUAUUUCUUGGCUGCAAAUCAAACACUCUUUUCAACAUUUCGGCACGGGUCAGCCAUAUUACUUCUGCUUGGAAUGUAGCGUUAUUGUGAUCUGAUAAAUAUGUAUUUAACGCCGGUCGCUAAAUCUCUCCAGUCGUAGUGGCGAUAACAGAACGUAACUACAGAAUAAGACGGAACUUUGUCAAGCUGGACUGAAAGUAGAUAUGAGUAUGAGCUCGAUAGCGCUGUGAGACUGAAAGUAGAUAUGAGUAUGAGCUCGAUAGCGUUGUGAGACUGAAAGUAGAUAUGAGUAUGAGCCUGAUAGCGUUGUGAGACUGAAAGUAGAUAUGAGUAUGAGCCCGAUAGCGCUGUGAGACUGAAAGUAGAUAUGAGUAUGAGCCUGAUAGCGUUGUGAGACUGAAAGUAGAUAUGAGUAUGAGCCCGAUAGCGCUGUGAGACUGAAAGUAGAUAUGAGUAUGAGCCCGAUAGCGUUGUGAGACUGAAAGUAGAUAUGAGUAUGAGCCUGAUAGCGUUGUGAGACUGAAAGUAGAUAUGAGUAUGAGCCCGAUAGCGCUGUGAGACGGAAAGUAGAUAUGAGUAUGAGCCCGAUAGCGUUGUGAGACUGAAAGUAGAUAUGAGUAUGAGCCUGAUAGCACUGUGAGACUGAAAGUAGAUAUGAGUAUGAGCCUGAUAGCACUGUGAGACUGAAAGUAGAUAUGAGUAUGAGCCCGAUAGCGUUGUGAGACUGAAAGUAGAUAUGAGUAUGAGCCCGAUCGUGUUACGCGCUCCCCAAAGACAAAAGAGCAUAGAUAUCAGAAGUCGAAGUCUUAGUUUACGACAUUUUAUCAACACCUAGGACAUAGCGUCGGGGGAAAAAAACCUAAGUAACCUUGAGUGUCAAAUAUCGGGACAUUUAAAAAAGCUAAAAAAAAAACAAUGAAUUAUUCCAAAAAGCGAGGCAUCUCAAAUUUCUCUUAGAUAGAAUUUAAAAAUAUAUGUCACGAACGACUAAUGAUGUAAUGUUCUUGUGCUCAUAUGUAGAAUAAAGUAAUGUUUAUGUUCAUUUGACCUAGCUCCGAGGGCCGCAACAUGACUCCCGGCCGGCCGCAUGUGGCCCACAGGCCUCGUGUCGGCCCACAGGCCUCGUGUUGGCCACCACUGUGUUAGACAAAAGAUAAUGAAUUAUGAUGUGUUGGAAUAAAUUUUAAAAAUGAAUAACAAUGAUAUAUUAGACAAAAGGUUAUUAAUUUUGAUAUGUUGGACAAAAGAUGAUCAAUUGCGGUAUGUUGGUCAAAAGAGGAUUAAUUGUGAUGUUUUGAACAAAAGAUUAUUAAUUUUGAAAUAUUGGAUAAAAGAUGAUUAAUUGUGAUAUGUUAGACAAAAGAUUAUUAUUUGUGAUAUGUUGGACAAAAGAGUAUUAAUGGUGGUGUUUUGAACAAAAGAUUAUUAAUUUUGAAAUAUUGAACAAAAGAUGAUUAAUUGUGAUAUGUUAGGCAAAAGAUGAAUAAUUGUGCUAUGUUAGGUCUAUUCAAUAGCUAGACGUCUAAAUAUUUUAGUUUAAUUUAGCAACUAAAAAAAACCUCAGAGGUUAGUUUUAUGGUGUUGAGAUGAGGUCACACUGGCCCAUCUAAAUCAGUCGAUCCAUGUGCACCCUGGCCCAUCUGUAUCAGUCGAUUCGUGUGCACCCUGGCCCAUCUAUAUCAGUCGAUUCUUGUGCACCCUGGCCCAUCUGUAUCAGUCGAUCCAUGUCCACCCUGGCCCAUCUAUAUCAGUCGAUGCGUGCGCACCCUGGCCCAUCUACAUCAGUCGAUGCGUGCGCACCCUGGCCCAUCUACAUCAGUCGAUGCGUGCGCACCCUGGCCCAUCUACAUCAGUCGAUGCGUGCGCACCCUGGCCUAUCUACAUCAAUGGAUGUGAAAUGCCAAAUGGAACCAGGAGAAGGUUGGAAAGGUGUGUUUUACUCCCCUACGGUCUUCACCACACAAGUGUAUGCCACCACUUCGCAAAAUAGGUCUUAGUUCUCAUGAGCUGCUUUUAUAAAGUUUUGUUGGAGAUGCGUAGGAAGGGGCGCGGGGCUUGUCCCUCCCCCCCCCCCCGGGCAGAAUUUCUUUAAUUACAAUUAGGGCGGCAAGCUAGUGAAAAUGGGGUCAUGGGGGAAUAUCUUGACCCAAUCCGGGAUGCACUAACCCUAAUCUUAAUCCUAGCUAAACGAAUUACAUGUUGUUGCAAAAUAGUAAUUAGCUCUAGCGAAAGACUAUUUAUAAAGCUAUGUGGUAAAAUUAUCUAUCCCUUGAGUUUCUGAUUUCCUGGUUAAAAAAAGUAUGAUUUUGAUGUGAUCAAUUUCUUUACAUUUGUAGACCUUGGAUACUAAAACAUAACUGAACAAUGGCAUCAAGUAUCCAGUGGAGUAUGGCCCUGGUCCUUCUCGCGAUGUUGACCUUCUCUGUACGGGAGACGGAAGCGAAUGUUGUUAAGCGAUGUUAUGUUGCCUGGAGUCGGUGCUCAGGGCAAGUAUAACCAAGUGGUCCUCAUAACAUUUUCAGGGGGUCAUCGUAAUAUUUUCAGGGUGUCAUCGUAAUAUUGGCAGGGGUCAUCGUAAUAUUUUCAGAGGUCAUCGUAAUAUUUUCUUGGGUGAUUUUAACAUUUUCCUGGGUCAUCAUAAUAUUUUCAGAGGUCAUCAUAAUAUUUUCAGAGGUCAUCAUAAUAUUUUCAGAGGUCAUCAUACUAUUUUCAGAGGUCAUCAUAAUAUUUUCAGAGGUCAUCAUAAUAUUUUCAGAGGUCAUCAUAAUAUUUUCAGAGGUCAUCAUAAUAUUUUCAGCGGUCAUCGUAAUAUUUUCAGAGGUCAUCAUAAUAUUUUCAGAGCUCAUCGUAAUAUUGGCAGGGGUCAUCGUAAUAUUGGCAGGGGUCAUCGUAAUAUUGGCAGGGGUCAUCGUAACAUGUUCAGUGUUAAUAAUAAAAAUUGCAUUGGAAUUCAAAAUGUUUUCAGUUUUUAGAAAUAUUUUCAUGACAUAAUGGUUCUAGGUUAAUCGAGGAUUGGAGUUGAAUGUAAAUCUAGAUGCAUUUUUUUAAAAAGCAAUGAAAUUAAUGGUGCUGGACAUUGGAAUGGGUCGUCUCCUUUCUAACAUCACGUCAUUCAUAAUAAGAUUUUGGUACACACUUUUUAUUAACACCUUCUAACUAAACUGUACCGUUUCACGAUGUGUGUGUGUGUGUGUGAUGGGGGCCCCACAUAAUAUUAAUAGGUGGCUGGGUGUGGGGGCACACAGUGAUGAUAGGUGGCUGUGUGUGGGGGCACAAAGUGAUGAUAGGUGGCUGUGUGUGGGGGCACACAGUGAUGAUAGGUGGUUGUAUGUGGGGGCACACAGUGAUGAUAAGUGGCUGUGUGUGGGGGCACAUAGUGAUGAUAGGUGGCUGUGUGUGGAGCACAUAGUGAUGAUAGGUGGCUGUGUGUGGGGGACACACAGAGAUGAUAGGUGGCUGUGUGUGGUGGCACAAAGUUAUGAUAGGCGGCUGUGUGUGGGGGCACACAGUGAUGAUAGGUGGCUGUGUGUGGGGGCACAAAGUGAUGAUAGGUGGCUGUGUGUGGGGGCACACAGUGAUGAUAGGUGGUUGUAUGUGGGGGCACAAAGUGGUGAUAUGUGGCUAAAUGUAUAUACUAGAACACCUACCACUGCCACUUCUAUAACAAAAUGAAAUCUCAAGUCCAACUUGACACACUAAGAACUUUAUUCACGCUGUAAUAAUCCUUUUAACAAUAACGAUAAUAUACAGCAACGUCACAUCAUAGGCGUCUCCAAAAUAUAUGCAUUAAUCACUUCUUAGACAUUGAUUCGUUAAAAAGUAAAAUAUACGUCCAGCUCUUUCACGAUGCCUGCUCUUGUCUUCAAUUACAUUUCACUUCCUUCUCGUGCAAAAACAUAUUCCCGCCAAACAAAAAGUCCCUAACUUCACCAUGCCUUUCUGAGAUAUUCCUCCACUUAGUCCCGUUAGCAAAACUCAUAAGUGUCGUGUUCAAAAACAUAUGUGACAUAAACUGUGCAACUGUACGGCUUCGAAACAUCUUAAAUCUCGUCAUAUUAUUUUCAACAUUGACCAUUUAAAUUUCCUCACACCAUCCAGGUGGAGCAGCUGGCUGACUGGUGUAGUGUGGAAGUCUUGUGAGAAACGCUGCAAGGAAGACUUGAAGAAGAAGGGUGGAAGAUGCGUCAAAGUCAAAUCCGACUGCCCGUUGUCCAAGGAGGCCUAUCAGUGCCGGUGCUAUUAGUUUCAGGGCUUACAGUGUCAGUGCUGCUAGUGCCGUUCCAACCCCAGCAGGACUUCGAGAUUAACAGCUCGUGUUGGCCUACAUCUUUUUCAUGCAGCAGACUGUGCUAGGUUUUUUUCAUUUAAAAUUUUUAAAAAGCAUAUAAUUGUAUGCACAUUAUUCUUCCCUCAAAAUAAAAGUGUAGACUUCCUAUACUGAUAAAUGCAUUUGCCUAAACGUUUGCAUUUAUACCUUGUAAAAUCAUCAUAAACAUACAUUUUCUAUACACUCAUUGUUUGUGUCUAUACAGCUUUAUUGCAGCCCAACACGCUUUCAUUUGAAUACAACAGUACAUUAUUCUUAUUACAACACAACUAAUUUACAGUAAGAUCUUAAAAUAUUUUGUCACGUAAAUGAACUUGUGCAGAGAAAAAUAAUUUUUGCGUGCCCUCACAGUUUGUGAACAGCUGGAAAUAGUAUCAUCUUACUCUAUCUUUAUGUUUUUG